UUUCUUAACUAUAUCAAAAUAUGUUAAAUAACCAAAAAUUUAACAGUGCUACUAUAUAGUCCAGAACUGCUGCACCAGAUUUAUUCAAGAGGAUAUUUUAGCAUGUCACAUAAAUUGGAGCUGAUUGCCGCAGCAUGCGAAAAUAUGGGUAUUGGAAUAAAUGGCGAUUUGCCUUGGCGUUUGAAGACGGAAAUGGCAUUCUUCACGCGUAUGACAACUGAAACAAAUCAUACAAAUAAAAAGAAUGUCGUACUUAUGGGCCGACGCACGUGGGAAUGCAUCCCCGACAAAUAUCGACCUUUGAAAGACCGUAUAAAUAUGGUGCUAACUUCGAAAUCAUUGGAUUAUGGAAAUGAGACAAUAACAUGCAAAAGUAUAUCACAUGCUUUUGAUAUAAUCACACAAAUGCAGAAUCAAAUAGAAAGGGUAUGGGUAAUAGGAGGAAGUAGCGUGUACAAGAGCGCCAUGGAAUCUCCAUAUUUUGGACGUUUGUAUCUAACGCGUAUAAAGAAAAAAUUUGAAUGUGAUACUUUCUUUCCUCCAAUUCCAAACGACUUUGUGUUAAUUGAGGAUCCAACAAUACCACAAGGCAUACAAAAAGAAAAUGGAAUUGAAUUUGUAUACGAAGUAUAUGAAAGAAGAUAAAUAGCAGAAUUACUUCUUCCAACCAUAUUCAUAUUAUAGAAAACCUAUUUUUUUUUUAUAAAAUAUAUUUUUCACUUUAAUAAUUAAAAAUGACUGCAAAACUUAUUAUGGAUGUGAUCAGUUAUAAUUCUAAUACAUAAUAUAUAAUUGAUAAUUAUUUUUAUACAAUAUUUUCAACACUUUAUUGAUAGCAGAUAAGGAUGUUAUAAAAUAAAUCAUGUUUCUCA